GUUGUUGUUGGUGGUGGCGGUGGCGGAGAGGAGAAGGGACGGGGGAACGGGAGUGAGGCGGACUGGACUGUAAAUAUGAAAGUGACGAAAAACUAGGAAGCAAGUCCGGUCCAGGUUGUGGAAAUUUUACGGUGGUCGCUUUGCCUGAGGACGUUGUGAGCCGCGAUGGGAGCCGGAGCCGGGAGGAAGACACCUCCGCACUAAUACACACGCUCCGGGAGGACCCGCCGACAUCCACGAAAAGUUGGUACGGAGGAGGAGUUUUAUAAAUUCAACUGUUUGUCCCAUCUAUCAACCGCCCUGCAACAGAUGGCUGAAUCAGAGGACCCACUUUAACACACAUACACAGACCUGAGGGACCAGAAGGCAAAGUCCAUAGUCAGCCUCCAUGAAUUCAUCACACACUUCAGACAGGAGGAGAACAGCGUGAGGAUCCUUUGAUGCAGGGGAAUUUAGCAUUUCCUUGUAUCUGUUUUGGUGCGGUGUUAUUAGCUCUGGGAAGCGGCAAAGAGGCAGCUGAAGCUCUGAGCGAGUCCAUCCUGAUGCAAACCAACUGCACACAUGGAACAGAUCCCUGCCAUCACUUCACAGCCCGUGGACAUUUGGGAACUUUUACAAAGUGCUGUUUUAUUGAUUUUUUCAUCGCCUAGUUUCUUCACUUACUUUGGUCAAGACGUGGAUUUACCAAAGGAGGCAAACUUUCUGAUCUAAAAGAGUAGCUGCUGCAUCUGACAAUUUACCAGCCAUUAUUACACAAUCAGCAACAUGGAUGUGGAUUCUAGAUGCUAUAGAAAAUGACUAACCCAACCAAGUGUGGGUCAUUCUAAGGAUUUUUUUUUACCAUUGUUCUGUAAUAACUUUACAUCUUGUAGUACACUCUUUUAUUUAGAUUGAUUUACUUAGCUGAGCCGAGGGAAGACUUUCUGGAGGCUGCAUCAUAGAGGACAUUGUGAGUGACUGUCAGUGUUAGGGUAAAAAUAGAACAAAGGCAUUAGAAGCUACCUUAAGGAAAUAAAAAUCUAAACACACAACAUUCUCUAUGGAUCUUUUGAUGGAAUUUCCCAAUUCAGUUUUUGAUGUUGAAAGAAUCAUUCGGAACAGCAGUAUUCAACUUAAGAGCUUGUAAGUGAUUACUCAUAUCCUCUUAAAAUGAGUAACCCGUGCUUCUUGAAUACAUGGCAGUAUUCUUGAAAAGGAACCGACUUGUUUCGUGAGAAAAUAGUGAACGUCUCGUCUUUUGGUAUGCUGUUGCAUCCCACGGUGUCAGGAUUGUGCACCAUGUUGCAGACCAUUUAUGAGACAGAGUCCUGUUUUUCUUCUGCCAGCACAGACAGCCAACAGCCACUGGAGCUCCUGAGUAGCAGCAGGGGCUCCACCACUGCCAUGCCUACAGCUGUCGUGGAGGUGAAAAGCAGCCUUCCAUCAGGCAUGCAGAGCCCAGUAGGAAAAGCAAGUGAACAGCGAGGAGAAGUUGGUGGUUCAGAAGAAGUCUCAGUUGUUGGUGGAGGCCCUGUUGACCUGCGCACUGAGCCCAGGUUGGGAUCAUUGUCUGUGGGAAGUACAGGAGUGGACACAACUUUGAGAGAGCAGCAGCUUCAGCAUGAAUUGGUACUACUGAAACAGCAGCAAGAACUCCAGAAACAACUCCUAUUUGCUGAAUUCCAGAAAAAACAUGAAGUCCUAACCAGACAACAUGAAGUCCAGCUACAGGAACACCUCAAGCAACAACAGGAGCUGUUGGCAGCAAAGCGACAGCAAGAGCUGGAACAGAAGCGAAAACUGGAACAACAAAGACACGAAGAGCAGGAGAAACAACGACUGGAGCAACAACUCCUUCUACUUCGAAAUAAGGAGAAAGGCAAAGAGAGUGCUAUUGCCAGUACAGAAGUAAAGUUGAAACUGCAGGAAUUCCUUCUAAAUAAGAAAGAACCUGCUAUUGGUGGACUGAAUCAUUCCUUCUCAAAGUGCUGGGGAGGCCAGAACACUUCCUUGGAACAAAAUUCUCCACCCCAGAAUAACACCCCAGGAACUCCUCCAUCUUAUAAACUUCCUACAUUACUGGGUAACUACGAGGGCAAGGACGACUUUCCACUCCGCAAAACAGUGUCAGAGCCCAACCUGAAGGUACGUUCACGGUUGAAACAAAAAGUAGCUGAGAGGCGAAGCUCUCCACUCCUCAGAAGGAAAGAUGGCACUGUCAUCAGCACCUUCAAGAAAAGGGCCAUUGAGAUUUCAGUCUCCCCUCUCUGUAGCAGCGCUCCAGGUUCGGGGCCCAGUAGUCCUAACAGUUCUAAUUCAGCUAUUGCUAAUGGCAACACUGGAUCUGUCCCUAACAUACAGACUGAGCUUCGAUCCCUUCAUCAGACGGUAGGAGCUGAUGGGACAUUGAGUCCGCUAAGUCUCUACACUUCACCAUCUCUGCCCAAUAUCUCUUUAGGACUCCCUGCGAACACACACAUCACGGCCUCCCAGAAGUUGUCAAGCCAACAGGAAGCAGAGCGUCAAGCCAUUCAGUCUCUCCGAGCCGGUGGAGCUCUAACUGGGAAGUUUCUCUCCACAUCCUCCCUGCCUGCAGGUGUAGGACAUGAUGGAGAGAGUCAGCCUCCUAGCUCACACUCUGCACAUUCUUCAUUAUUGCAACAUGUACUAUUACUAGAGCAGGCCAGACAACAAACUGCAAUGCUAUCUGUCCCCAUGUACAGCCAGUCACCCCUGGUUACAGCAGAGAGAGGAGUGUCCAGCGGCAUGCGAUCAGUCAAUAAGCUGCCUCGCCAUCGGCCUCUAGCUCGUACCCAGAGUGCACCUUUGCCCCAAUCUCCCCAAGCCCUCCAACAACUGGUAGUUCAGCAGCAACAUCAGCACUUUCUGGAGAAACAUUAUAAAAUGCUUUCAAAGGGGUCAGACCUACCCAGACCACCUCCCACUCAUCCAGAGGAGACAGAAGAGGAGCUUACAGAGACCAAUGACAUGCAAGAGGAGGAUGUAGAAACAAGCAGUCUCAGACUUCAGACGGAGGGGUCAGAUGACAGCGCAAUCCCCACUGAUCGCCGAAGUGUGCACCCAAAUGAAGAAGAACCAGGAGUCGUUCGUGUGAAAGGAGAGAGCACAGAAAGUGAACUGGAUGAUGAAGAGGAGGAAGAUGAUGUCAUUCAUCUGGGGGAUAGCGAAGAAGAUGGAAGGGGGAACUACUGUCAGGCCUCGCAACAAAUGGAUGUAUUACCCUCCCCCUCGCCUCAUAGGCCGCUGGGAAGAGCACAGUCUUCUCCGGCAGCUGGUGUCAAUCCUGUCAGGCAUCUCUUUACAACAGGACUUGUUUAUGACAGUCUGAUGUUAAAGCACCAGUGUGUUUGUGGCAACGCUCACAUCCACCCAGAGCAUGCUGGAAGAGUGCAGAGCAUCUGGUCCAGGCUACAGGAGACAGGCCUGCUGGGCCGCUGUGAGAGAAUUCGUGGGCGUAAAGCAUCCCUGGAUGAGAUCCAGACUGUCCAUUCCGAGUUUCACACUCUGCUCUACGGAACCAGUCCACUGAAUCGACACAAACUGGACCACAAAAAGCUAUUGGGUCCAAUCAGUCAGAAGAUGUAUGCUGUUCUUCCGUGUGGAGGAAUAGGGGUAGACAGUGACACUGUGUGGAAUGAGAUGCACUCAUCUGCAGCUGUCCGCAUGGCAGUGGGCUCUGUUAUUGAACUGGCCUUCAGAGUUGCAGCAGGGGAACUGAAGAAUGGAUUCGCAGUAGUGCGUCCGCCAGGACAUCAUGCAGAAGAAUCCACUGCCAUGGGGUUUUGUUUCUUCAAUUCAGUAGCCAUCACUGCCAAGCUACUCCAGCAGAAACUGGGAGUGGGAAAGAUCCUCAUUGUGGACUGGGACAUUCACCAUGGCAACGGCACGCAGCAGGCCUUCUACAGUGACCCCAAUGUCCUCUACAUCUCCCUCCAUCGCUACGAUGACGGCAACUUUUUUCCUGGCAGCGGAGCACCUGAGGAGGUGGGAUCUGGUGCAGGUGUGGGCUUCAAUGUGAACAUAGCAUGGACAGGAGGAGUAGAGCCCCCUUUGGGUGAUGUUGAGUACCUCACUGCCUUCAGGAGUGUGGUGAUGCCUAUUGCUCAGCAGUUCAGUCCAGACGUCAUUCUGGUGUCUGCAGGCUUCGACGCGGUGGAGGGUCAUCAGUCUCCUCUAGGUGGUUACAUAGUGUCUGCCAAAUGUUUCGGUCUGCUAACCCAGCUCUUGAUGGGUCUGGCUGGUGGGCGCGUUGUUAUGGCAUUAGAGGGUGGUCAUGACCUUACUGCCAUCUGUGAUGCAUCAGAAGCUUGCGUCUCUGCACUCCUUGGAGACCCGAGUGACUCAGCAUUUCAGUGGCCUCAAGAGAAGCCAUGUCCAAAAGCCUGCGCUUCUCUAGAAAGAGUGAUCGAAAUCCAGAGUAAACACUGGCCUUGCCUCCAGACUUUGUCUCCAACGGGCAGCCACUCGCGACUGGACAGCCCAGUGGGAGCGCAGGUUCAAUCAGAGAAGGACGAGGCAGACACAGUUAGUGCCAUGGCCUCUUUGAGUGUUGAUGUAGAGCAGUCAAGCUCGACCACCGACAUCGCUGACGCCAGCAGGUCUACAGAGGAGCCAAUGGAAGAGGAGCUAGUUUUAUAAGGGGGACGCACACAGAGAUGUUACCUUGACCUUCUCCUGGCACCAACUCGACCUUCCUAUGGAUUGUGUAUAGGUACACAUACACAUUCGCACUGAGUGGAAAUGUUGUGGAUGACCUGGAAUGGUGGAGGAAGCGUGCACAAAGUCUGUCCCCUCCAUCGGAGGAGCGGGCAAAUUGUAAGCGUCUCCACGGUAACCCGAGGAGGGCUGUGUCACGUUGACUCUCCCUCGUCUCUCCUUACAAACUGCACCCAGCACCACUUCUUUUGUCACAUAGUCACAUCUGUGAGUGACAGUUGGACAGCUCAGCUCUCCGCUGACGGAGCAGGAAGUUGAUCAGAGGAUGAGAACGAACUAGGUGCCUUUUUGUCCACGUACGCACACACACACAAUAAGGACACGUCCAAUCAGAAACAAUAAACAGCCACCACCGCAGCACCUCAAACCAAGCAGCCAAUAAGGACUGAACAAACACAGCGAUGCGCACACACAUACAAGCUGUUGUUUCAUGGUCACUUCAUUUUCUCGUCGUUUUCUUCUCAUCUGGUUGCCUUAAUUUGUUACUUGUAUGUAUUUUAGAGAGGAAGAGGGACAGGCUGUGGAAACACAUUUAGAAACGGGGGAUGAGGUUGUCCAGCCAGCUUUAAGAUGCUUUAUUUAUUCUUGAAAAUAUACCGUGUGUCACUUGAAAUCACCGUCUCGUUUUCUCUUGUUCAACGGUGGGAUUGUGGCACAUGACCACCGCCAUCCCUCUUUUUUAUUCAGUUUUUUUUUGUACUGGUGUAAUAAUGCGUCCUGUCUUGUUGCCCACGGUUGCAUCACAGUGUCAGUCAUUUUUCUAAAUCUGUAUAUACUUCUAUGUAAAGAGCAUACAAAACUUUUGCUGUUUUUAUAAAUACAAGAAAAAUAAUUAUGUAUACCUGUGUGUGUACACACACACAUUCGUGUAGUUGAGUAACAGCACCACAAGUUAGAGAGCAAGCAGUGAAAUUGAUGAAUUCACUAAACACUGAAAAGCCUGCAAUCCGCUUGACAAGAGGAUUCAUUGAGGGCUGUUAUAAUCUAAUGCGCUAGCUUUAUUUAGGUGUGUCUAAUCAACUGAACAUGUAAAAACGGGUGACAAUUAAAGGAAAAAUAUACAUUCAUACAAAUACAAUGUAAAAGAAUGAGAAAUUUCGGCAGCUUUGUGAUGGUUUUACCUUUUAAUUCGUCACCCGCCAUGAGACAUAUUUGUGUAUAUUUCGAUAAAACAAUGUUUUAUCAGAGUGGUUACGUGAAUAUUAUACGAUGAUAUUUUUUACACCUGUUUAAUCACAUGUUGAUGUUGCUGUCAAAUGAGGUGGACAGCAGGCUCUGGCUCCUCUGGUAGGACCAAGCCUGGACUACAUGUGGACAGGUAGGGUCAUCAGUGCAAAGUUGGUAAUGUCCGGCAGUGGCAUAAAUUUUCUAAAAACUCCCAAAAUUCCAACUUCUACCUAGAUUUUUAUCUUUUGUUAUUAUGCAUCGUUUUGCAUCUCCCUUUAAGAUCAAUGCAAACUCAUUCUGAUCGAAGAUGCUAAGUGAUUAUUUUUUUUCUUAUUAUUGUUAUUACGUUAUUGAUGAAGAGGGUUGUCUACAUAAUGCAUCAUAUGUUCCCCUGCUGUUUGAGUCCUUUAAAAUUGCAGUAAUUGACGCCCAGUUGUAAAUGUUUGUAAUUUCCUGUAGAUGGCCCAAUAUAGCAGCAAAGCACUUUUUUUUCUAUCAGACAAGAUGAUGGCUUAAAUCAGGGGUGUCCAAACUACGGCCCGCUACCCAGUUUUUAUCAGCCCGCUGCAAAUUAUGAUAAAUUCAGAGAAUAUGGCCUGCACAAGAAGCUUGAGUUCAGCCUACGCUCUGUUGCACAUCUCAGCUUCAACAGUUGAUGGCGCUAGUCACGCAGUGCGUCUCCAUUAGAUCAGGGGUCAAAACCUGACAAGUAAAUCAAUGUAGAAAACUGUAGAAUUUCAGUAUCUAUUUUUACAUAAACUUCAAUUUUAAAAAAAAAUAAUCCAAUUUGAGCUAUCUUGGUUGUGACUUACUGGACUUUUUUUGCUGUCACUGGACAUUUUCUCUUUGUCCUAUCUAUUGUAUCUCUGGAUUAUUUUGUUGCUUGCACCGCUGAACUCUCACACUAUUAUUGACAGUUUUAGAUAUCAAUCCACUUCAACUGGAAAGGUUGGCAUUUAGCGAUUAUAUUUCACUGCCAUUGAUGGUGAUAGACACCCAGUUCCUUUCUGUCAAAAUGGAUUGGACAUCUAUCAUGGUCAAUGGCAGCCAAUGAGUUAGUACUUACCCAAUUCCAAUCCUGUUUAAUGAAAGUUUGGACACCCCUAUUUUAAAUGAAGCUCCUCCCCUCACUUAAACAAUCCAUUAGAAGCGACAAGAUGGAGCCUAAGCAAUAAUUUGAUAUAAUGCAUAUUUUUGGCCUGAGCACAAAACAGCAACUAACAGCUGAAAAGGGUCGAAUUCACAAUAGAUGAACGGUAAAAAUGAUUCCGAAGCAGCCACCAAGUUAAACCAACGUUGGUCAACAUGCAAUGAAACACUUUUUUUCCCUCCUACUUUUAAAAAUGGCAAAGUACCUUUUCUUAUUACAAAACUACCUAAUUUUCAGACUAAAAGUCACACCUGAGUAUAAAUCGCACCAGCCAAAAAAUGCACAAUGAAAAGGAAAAAAAACCAUAAGUCACACUGGAGUGUAAAUUGUAUUUUUUAGCAGAUUUUAUUUGAUCAGAGACCAAGAGCAAACAUUAUACAUUAUGGUAAUAACUUUAAAACAGAAUAGCAGGCUAAAUAGUCAUGUUAAUGUAACAUAUUAACAGUUAUUAAGAUAAAUAUAGCCUAAACAACAUAACUCUCAAUCAGAUAGAUACAGAUUCUUGUCCUAAACUGUAACAUGAUCAGAUUUUUCUAAGAUUUUGAAUGCAUAUGUCCAACUUUCUUUUUCCCUGUUGGCAUUUUCAAAAUUCCCCAUUGUUGCAGCAUGAAAAUUUCCAAAGAUUUUGAUUAUUCCAAAUUAUGAUGGAGUAUUGGGGCCAAACAAAGAAAAAAAAUAUAAGAAUAAAGUCAUACAUUGUAGUACUGAGAAAAAAAUUGCAAUAUUACUGGUUUAAAGGCGUGAUGUAACAACUAUUUCUUGUAAAAUUGCAAUUACAAUUGUAAUAUUACGAGAUUAAAGUUAUAUUACAAUACGCAAUAUGGAUCGCUAAUGUAGCUCCCAGACCUCUCAACCGCCUCUGUUAAAAUCAUUAAAUAAAUUGGGAGCUACGACAAAGUAUUUGUGCAAAUCCUUAUAUUGAUUAUAAUUUGAUGUGGAUGUGCCAAAAGAUUAAGGAUUUCUUUAUUUGUGAAACCGAUUCUAAAGUACAGCCUCAUGAGAUAAUUAUACAAUAUCACACUGCUUAUUAAAGUUAACAAUGAUUGACAGACGGUAAGCUUUGUUCUUGCCAGAGACGCUUGGAAGCCGAAACUUCAAAGCGCGGCAUGCGUCAAUCAUCGUUUAACUUGUUAAACAGUUGCUGUGGCAACUCAUUGUGUGUAAGUGAGCAGUUUGAGCGGAUUUGAGUGGACUCACUCGAUGAAGCAUUUAAUAAAGACAGGCAUUUUUCUACUUUAGCACUGUUUUAAAAAUAAUUCGGUGGGACAGUGACAUGUUUAGAACUUAUCAUAUUUAUUACAUUUUAAGUGCUUAAAAGCUAUUUAUUAAAAUAUAUACACGUAAAAGUUAUUUUUAAAUUACACUUUGAGGGGGGAAAAAACGAAAAAACAUGUCUUACAUGUAUCUUUUUCCAAUGCUAAGUCUUAAUAAAUACAUUGAACACCAAAAAAAGAAAAAAACAAGGGAUCACUGUAAAUCGGGUUACGUCAAAAGCGUCGGAAUGGAACUCGUUCGUAACCCGUGGACUACCUGUAUAACGUCUUUAAUCUCACAAUAUUAUGACUUCAAUCUUGUAAUAAACCACUUUAACCUCAGAAAAUUACAACUUUUGUCUCGUAAUAUUCCAACUUUUUUCUUGUGGUGUUACAACGAAUUGCUUUAUUAUAUUAUUAUGACUUUAUUCUCGUAGUCCUAUUUUUUAAUCUUUCUUAUUUGGUCCUCAUACUCCGUCGUAGCAAAUCAUUUACAUAUCUGCAAUAAAAAUGGAGAUACCGCCCACACACACACACGCACACAUGUUAGUUUUAACGCAAAGAGGGCAACCAAUGAGUGCCUUGUGGAACAGAUUGCCCCCAUCAACUGCUAUGAUGUCAAUAUUGUACCCACGCAAAAAUGGUCAUGUGUUGCUGUCCCCGAGGCCACUUGCUGUAAAAGCACAGUUUGCAGAGACGGUGUAUAUUUAAGAGUUGAUUCGACGUUAGGGGAGACCAAGCGUGUCCGCAGCUUUUGAAUACACAUAAAAACACGUAUGCUCAUGACUUAAUCCUCUCUUUUCUUAUCUAUGUUUGAUACUGUGGUGUACAUGUAUGUCUUGCUAACAUGUGGUGGCGGGUUGGGAGUACCGUACUUGUAUAUUCUUGAGAAAAGUCGUAUCAGUGGGACCUCCUUGUAUUUCAGGAGCCGGGAUGUCCUUCCUCUUUUUUUUUUCUCUCGUCAAGCUCGUGACCGAAAACCUCCGAAUCUUGUUUAUUCGGAACUGAUCACAAGCACAUUCCUUUUGUCCUUCUUGUUGAUUCAAAAUCAAACAGAUAAUAUUUUCCAGCGUCUACUCACGUGUAUAUAACGUGCAAAUUUGUGUACACAUGUGCAAUACGAGCUAUCCAAGCAAUUACUGUGACUAUAUUAUUGAUGACGAUUGACGAGACAAAUGAAUUUCCUUUUGUUUCAAAGGGACGCUGACUCUUGUGAUGAUUGGCACUCAUGUUCAGUCGGGGGCUUUGUGGACAUUUGGUUGAAGCCCUUUUUUUUUUUCAAAAUUCUUCACUGUAAAGUUGUGAUGUUGAUCCUGAAUAUCUGUUUCUCUGUUGUUGUUUUUUUUCUAAGUGGGCCUGUUGUUAAACUUGUCUGCAAACAUAAUAAAGCAAAUUCACUGACUGCAGGUUGUGUUUUACUCAC